AUGGCCAAGAUGAUUGCUAAUCGUAUGAAACCUCUGCUUGAUAAUAUUAUUUCGGAGUCGCAGAGUGCCUUUCUGCCAGGUAGGCUCAUCUCAGACAAUAUCCUUAUUGCGUCUGAGGUUGGCCAUUAUCUACGAAGAAAACAGCUAGGGCAGGUAGGGUGGGCGGCCCUCAAAUUGGAUAUGGCUAAGGCCUAUGACCGGAUGGAGUGGUCUUUUGUGGAACGUAUGUUGUUGGGGCUGGGGUUUGAUGAAAAAUGGGUCAGACUAAUCAUGCUCUGUGUACGGACAGUCAGGUACAGGGUGCUGGUGAAUGGGAGGCCGAGUAAGGAAAUAAUCCCGUCUAGGGGUUUAAGGCAGGGGGAUCCACUCUCUCCGUAUCUUUUUAUUAUAUGUGCAGAAGGUUUGUCUCUGUUGUUGCAGGAUGCUCAGGCUAAAGGAAGAAUACAUGGUUGUAGGGUAGCUCGUGGAGCACCACCUAUUUCGCAUCUUUUCUUUGCGGAUGACAGCCUGUUUUUCUUUAAAGCUAACAUGCAGGAAACUUUGGAGGUGAAACAUUGUUUAGAGAUUUAUGAAGAAUUUUCAGGGCAAUCUGUUAAUUUUCAUAAAUCCAAUAUUUCCUUUAGCCGUAAUACUGGUUUGGGGGACAGGAACGACAUUGCUAAUGGGUUCGGAGUUGAGCAAGCUGAGGAUUUUGGGAAGUACCUGGGUCUCCCCUCAGUUAUUGGUAAAGAUGUGUUACUGAAAAGUGUUGCACAGGCAAUGCCAACUUAUACUAUGAGUAUCUACCUGUUGCCUAUGACUUUAUGUGUCUCACUGGAAAGACUGAUGAAUAGAUACUGGUGGGGUAAAAGCAAUGUGGUGGAUGGCAUUCACUGGAUGGCCUGGGACAGGAUGUGUGUACCCAAGAAGCAUGGAGGCAUGGGCUUUAAGAGGCUGCAUGAGUUUAAUUUGGCUCUUCUAGGGAAGCAAGGGUGGAGAAUGUUGACUUGCCCGGAGUCCUUAGUGGCCAGGAUCUUUAAAGCAAGGGAUGCUGGCUUGAUUUUACAGACCCCGGUGUGUGUGGAGUUUAAAGAUGAUUGGUACUGGAUGGGUGAUAUUAAGGGAGUAUAUACGGUCAAGAACGGUUAUAGGCGGCUUGGGGAGAUUAAUGCCCCAUGUGAUGCAGUGUGGAAUAACAUUUGGAAAUUACAGGUUCCCCCCAAAUGGAGAAUUUUUCUUUGGAGAGCUAUCACAAAUAUUUUGCGAACAAUUACUAACCUGGUUAGAAGAAGAGUGGAGAUCCCAAAUGUGUGCCCUGCUUGUGGUGUGCUUGAAGAAGAUGUUAUGCACAUUUUAUGCAAUUGUGUUUAUGCUAGACGUGUGUGGUAUAUUUCACAACUCCAAAUCCCUAACUUUGGUGAUCAUGAUUUUAUGCAGUGGGUGGAGCUUUAG